AUGGAAUACCUAGGAUUGGGGUCGGUUGCGGGCCAUUGUGGCUCCAACAUUGGUAGCCAAAAGUGGGAUGAAAUGCCUUCAGAAGAGUUUGUUGGCAUGGUUUCUAGUGAGGGCUUUGUAGGCGACCCUCUGGUCGACACCCAACACUUUAUCGGCGCCUCGAAAUUUGAGCGCGUUUCAGAUGACGAGGUAUUCGGCCACCAUCAGCUACGAGCAGCGCACCAGAGAUAUACUAAGUCGGACAAGAAGGAGGUUGAGGCCAAAGGCCACGGACAUGCGCUGAUGAGACAUUACUACAAGAAAGUGGAUGGGCAGUGGAAGCUAGCUGGCUUGCGGCCAACGGUGCGAUGGAAUGAAUAUGAUUUCCACAAGAUCUUUAAGGUCCAUUAG